AUCGCAGAACCAGACGCCCUGGUGAUGCUUCCAUCCAAUGACAGAAUUCACUCAUGGAUUCCAGCGGACGCAAUUAAAGACCCAAAGGCUGCAGUAGUGACCAAGGACGAGAAUCUGACCUGGGAAGAGUUUAACGAAGCAGCACCUCGCAUGAUUAAUUUCAUGAAGAUGCACAACUGGCCAAACGAGCGUGUCACCAUGCACAUACAAUUCUGGUUGGCCUUGCAGACACACCGCUGGCAUCAUGCCUCAGAUCACCUCAAGCAACAAGCUUUACUGUUAUACCAAUCACAGCAGCGAAGUCGGUGGCAUCUCGCCAUAGGCUCAGCGCAGAGCUGGAGCUUGGAGGAGAUUAAUCAAGAGUUGCUCAUGGAAGCAAAGGCAGGUCAGUUCUUUUUGUCAGCGAAAUCAUGCAUCCUUUAG